AUGGAUGCUUGUUCAGAAUGUUCUAGUCCUGAUCGAUCAACUAACGAAAAUAUUCGUAAUGCUGAAAAUAUUGGUGUUACUGAUGAAGACAUGAAAGAACUCGAAAACCUUUUACCAUGUGCUCAACGAACUAUAACUGACCACGAGCUACACUUGAAAAAAGCCUGUCGCCAACUUUUACAGCAUCCUUGUGGUGUUGUUUCAACUUUAUCUUUAAUGAAAAAAAUCGAUAGAGAUGCAGCAAAUUUACUUGUAGAAGAAUGUUUAUUACUUUUUACUGAUGAUUUAUUUGAAGCUCAUAGCCAACUCGAUCCUGAGGGCUAUAUCAAAUACAUACCAAAUACCAUAGAUUUAGUAUUUAUUAGUCGUUUACUUCAUUACGAAGUAGAUCCUUCAUUAUAUUUUCAAGAUAUUGAUAUUCCAGAAGUCUGGAAAUCUUAUAUAUCUAGCAAUGGCAGGAUCAUCUUAGACUCCAUGGUAUUCUAUCGAAAAAUUCUACAUUCAACACCACCAUUGGAAUUAUUUACUGAUGUACAAUGUAUGCAAUAUAAAAAUAAUGACCAAAAUAAGAAUUUGUCUUUAACUUUGAAUGCUGAAUCGCAGGAAAAACGAAUAACAAGUAUUAUUGAUGAAUUUCCAAGGGAUAUAUUUGAUACAACACCAUUAGAAAAACCAUCUGAUCUGCAAAAUAAUUCUGAUUGUCUUCUUGUUAAUUCAAAGCAUCCUAAUGUUUUUAGUAAUAAGCCAACAAUGAACUGGAAUUCGUUACGAAACCGAAUGAUUGGUUUAAGAAACCAAGAUAAUAAAACCUGCUAUAUUAAUGCAGCUUUACAAUGUUUGGGAAGCACACCUCCAUUGACCGAAUGGUUAUUUGAACAAGUUGAUAACUUAAAUACAUGUAGAUUAUCAAGUGAAAGAAAAUUUUGUUCUAUCUGUGAAUUAACAAAAAUCAUCUUGUUAAUUCAUCCACCACCAAGAAACAAAUCUACUGAAUCGAGUUGCGUCACUAUUCCAUCAGCCGACUCCAUCAGAACUCAUGUACAUCUAAUAUCACGUAUAUUUAAUGUGGGAGAACAAGAAGAUGUGUGCGAAUUUAUGAUUACAUUGUUAGAUCAUUUUAAUUGUUGUUUAUCGUCACAUUUAUCAAUACCAUCUACUCUUCCUAUGAAACCGACAAUUAUUGAUCAAAUAUUUAAUAUAAAACUUCUAUCAUCUGGAAAAUGUCAGGCGUGUAUGUACACUUUUAAAAAAGAAGAAAUUACUAGUAUGUUAUUAAUUGAAAUAAAUAAUUACAACCAUUUGACGGAUGCUCUUGCACAUUUCGUUAACCGAGAAGAAAUAAAUAACUUUAAAUGUAGUAAUUGUAACAAAUUUGUAACACUUGAUAAACGUAUUACUAUUAAUGAAUUAUCACCAAUAUUAAUUAUCAAUUUCAAACGUUUUACUGCUACAUUUGAUUCAAUUGACAAACUUUUGCAUAAAGUAAAUUAUAAUGAGUUGUUAAAUGUUACUUCGUAUAUGACAUCGGAUUUAUUUACCGCAAACGAUAAAAGUCAAAAUAUAAAUUCAUCAACUAAUAAUUUAUACAAAUUGUACGCCGUCAUCAAUCAUAUUGGUGAUAAUCUUAAUAGUGGCCACUAUUACUCGUAUAUUCGGUCAUCUGGCAACCGUUGGUUUCUAGUUGAUGAUGCACACUGUCAACAUGUAUCAUCAAAUGAAGUUUUAAAUCAUCCAGAAGCUUUUAUGCUAUUUUAUGCGAAAGUAUGUCCUACGUCCAUACCAAUGAAUGAAUCAUUUCAACAAAUACCACAAACAUUAAUGCCUUCAACACCAGAAAAUAACAUCGUUUUGAAUUCUCCUUUUUUAAAUUCUUCCGUUCCAGCACAUUCAACACCUAUAAAUACAUCAAUUACAUUACUGAACGAACAGCUAUCCAGGAACAAUUCUUUGAUUGAUAUGAUGACAAUGAUACCAUUUGAGGAUGAAGAAUUUCAAAAUAAGGUUCGAUCAAAGUUAAAAAAUACCAUGUCAGUAGUUAGCUCAAGAAAAAAUACCAUUUUAAAUAAUGAACCUAUUCUUGGGCAAACAGAAAGUAGUAUAACAAUCGGUAAUCAAUGUUCAAUUGAUCGAAUCGAAGAAAAUCGAAAGAAUUUUUAUCAUGUAUCAAAUAAAGUACUACAUCCAUCAAUAUCUUCUAAAGAACUUUCAUUUAUUUCAAAUGAAUCGAGUGAUGAUUCUAUAGCUGAAGUGUCUGAUGGUGAAGAAACACGAAUGGAAACUUGUAAGAAAUUAGCUUCAGUGGCAGCAGGUGUUCGAAUUGAACAAGUAUUUGAAGCAACGCUUUCACAAACACAUCACUUUCGUUUAAAUGAAACUGAACUUUUAAAAAUGAAUCAAUAUCGACAAGAAGAAUUAAAGAAAAAAUCUGAUAAAAAAAUGAAUAUGUUGGGUUUAACAUCGGAUUUAUCAGCAUUGCUGAAAAAGAAGUCGAAAAGUGGACACGCAUCCACAACACUUAAUGAUGUAAAUGCUGAUGAAUGUUAUAAAAAAGAUCAAAAUGCUAAAAUAAUUAACAAGGUGAAUAUUGAGUAUCUCAAUACACUCUUACCUCAUUUAAAACACUACAAUGCAUAUUGUGGUAUGUGCAUCUGCACACGUUAUUUCGGAAAAAAUAUAUCACAGCCAACGGCUCUUCUUCAUAGAUGCACUCUAAAAUGUAGUGGCCAUGUUUGCCACUUCAAGUGCAAAGUUCAUGUUUUAAAUAAUGGUUAUUGCUUCGUUAUUGCAAUAAAUCGAAAAAUUUGUCAUCGUGUCAAUGAAAAAAUUGGUCGUCCAAUUCGUGGUUCUCAACGACGAGCAAUAAUGGAUAAAUUUAAAGCUGGUGGUUCUGUUUAUCGCGUUCAUGCUCAAUAUGAGGAAAAAAGAACAAUACAUGAAAAAAAAGGUUUUAAUUAUGAUGCAACUGGCAAGUCGAAAAAAGUAUUUAAAAAAAUAAAAGCUGAAGCAAAUGCUGAAUCUUUACUAUCACCAGACAUUAGUUUAGGAAUCUUACAAUUACAUGAUAAAUUAGCUCAAGAAAUGAAUAGUGACGGAAUAAUCAAAGGUGCGCUUCAAAUUGUUCAAUUUCGACCAUUUUGUGUUGUUGCUUUUACUGAAGCCUCAAUUAGAUUAUAUGAUUCUAUUGUAAAUCGUCCAGAAUCUGUUCUUUCAUGGGAUGCUACUGGUGGUAUUGUUAAGAACUCAUCAUCUAAACAAUGUUUAUAUUAUGAGUUAACGAUAACACAUCCGAAUAUAGUCGAUGAAGAUAGCUUAGUGCCAUUAACAUUUAUGUUAUCCGAAUCUCAAACACUUUUUACUGUUAAACAAUGGUUAUCAGCAUUCAAAGAAUGCUACAGAAAGGUAUUUCCUCACAAGAAAGAUUCAUUUCCUAGACCAGCGAUAAUUUUGUCGGAUCGUGCACAGGUCUUUCUUCAAGCUGCUUUAUAUGGCUUGAAUGAUGAAAAUUAUUCAGCAUUUCUUGCACGUGCUUAUCGUAUUGUUACUAAUGCAGCAAUUCGAAAUGACUUAUCCAAAACAAAUAUUCAUGCAUGUUUAUCUCAUUUCAUGUUGGAUAUGCGCAAACGUGUUAAUAAAUAUUUACCUGAAGAUGUUCGUGAGAUUGCAAUGUGGGCAAUCGCGCUACUUGUUAAUACAAGUACAUGGCGAGAAAUUAAAGAUAAUUGGCGUUUAAUUUGUCAAGUUUUUUUUAACUAUGCUUCAAAUGAUAACAUUAAUUUCAAACAACAUCAUGCAACACUACUUUCUCGUAUUAGUAAUAUAACAAAUGAUCCAAAUUCAUCACGAGCAAUCCAUCAAUCAAAAGAAAUACGUACGAAUAUCAAUGAUCCAUUUGCAUUCGAUGAUGAUAAUGAACUUGAUGAUUAUGAUCAUAAUACAAUGAAUACAAAUGAAAAUAUUAAAACUAAUAACAAAAGAAAAAGAUCGACUACGUCUCACUUGAAUUCAUCAAAUAUUAAUAAAUCGAUUAUUGAUGAAGAAGAAGAAUUAAAUAAAGCCGAUAGUCCGUUCAAACAAGAGUUGCAAGCUAUUUAUAAUGAAUGUUUAACAACUUGUAUAAAGAACAAUGGUGCUUUUUCGUCAUCUGACAAAGCAUCGAAAGGUACUCGACAAUGGUUAUCAUAUAUCAAUCAACGGUGCAUUCCAACGAUUCCUAUCUGGUCAAAUAUUUUACUUGGAAAUCUAUCACGGCACGGUGCAUCCACUGUUCGCGCCUUCGAUAAUUUACUUCUAUCUACUCAUAAUCAACGUACUAAUGCAAUAUCAGAAAGACGAAUGUCAAUUGUAAAGAGAACACAACUUGGAAUACAGACUCGGUGUAGAUCUGAUGUUAUAUUAGAAAUUCUUGUUAAUGAUAUGAAGAAAAUGGUUGAGAAGUUUUCAAUAUCACUUAUGGCUACCAUGUUUCAAGAUACUGAUAAUGAAACAAAUUCUCAGCAAUUAAAAAAUGUACAAGAACGGUGGAGACAAUCUAAUCGACGUGGUCAUGGACACUAUGCUAAAACACCAGAAACAUCAAUCAUGAAUAAUUUAAAAAAUUCUUUAAUUAUUUCUUCAUCAAACAUUAAUGAUGCUCUUCUUAUACCACAUCUGUCUGUUGCAUAUUGGCUUAAUAUAUCGAUUGGACUUUUACUAUCAAUUAAAUUUGUUCGUGAAACAUAUCGACCAACACUGAUGAAAACGCCUUUACUUGUCGAUAUACUUUCUUUCAUUAACAACUGGAUAUCGGGCUGUAAUCGUCUUAAGCCACCUAAAAAAACCAGCACUGAACUAAACAAAUUAUUGAACACCCAAUUCAACAUAACUGUCAAUGUUCCAAUCGAUACGAGUGAACAACUGUCGUUUAUUAUUCAUAACAUUCUUCUUCCGAUCAUUUCUUAUUCAAUAUCGGUUAAAAAAAAUUAUCGUUGUACAUCUUGUAAGCAUACUGUUAAUACAAGAUUUAACAUAAGUUAUAUUGAAAUUAGUAUGGUUGAAAAUCAAUUUCGUUUUAAUCAACAGUUAGCAAAUUAUUUUGCUAACAAUGCAUCUGAUCAUAUAUGUGAUAAAUGUUCUAUGUUGAUGUCGAGACAAAUCAAAAUUUCUGAUUGUCCACCGGUUAUAAUUUUAAAAGUUAAUGAUAUUAAAAAUUCAACAAAUUUGUCAUCUAAACCUCCGCCUGCUGUAUGCUUUUAUCCAUUUUUGGAUGAUUCGUAUAUAGGAUGUGCAUCGUCAAGUGUCUACGACAUAGUAGCUUUCUUAUCGGUGGUUUCUGACGUUAAUAAUAAAUUGGUUUUGGCAACAAAAAUCAAACAAAGGUGGAAAAUUAGUGGCAUGAAUACAUUAAUUGGUAAUGGUGAGAAACUAGCAAAACUUUUUGCUAAUAGUAGAUUAAUUAUACUUGAACGUAUUCGAACCUCGAACACAAACUUUUUAUAUGCAAUCGCCUAUAUAUAA